AUGGACUCCAUUUUCAAUCUUGAAGAAACUGAAAGAUCCAGUAGGCUUCGACAAAUCAUGGAAACGUUUGGUUUCACUUACGUCUGCCUCUGGUCUCACUUUCCCAAUCCUUCCAAUUGUCUGAUCUUCAUUGACGGAACUUACAAAGAAGAAAACAAGCAAGAAAGCUCAUCAUCUGGGAGUCUAGCCAUGAGGUCAUUUAUUGACUACCAGAAGUCAAUUUUCUUGAUUGACGAUUACAGUGGAGGUGUUCCAGGGUUAGCAUUCAUGCACAAUCUACCAUACAUGGAGCGUAAAGGGUUGGAGCUUUUAAGAUUGGCAUCGAAUCCAGCACAAUUACAAUUUUAUGAAACUGCAAUUUUUAUGGGGUGCAAGAAUGGUGAGAUCGAGCUUGGCAUGUCCAAUGGGUCCUCCCUGCAGACUAACUUCGAAAUUGUGUCGAAGAAUCUGUUUCCUGGCGAUUUCCCUCAAGAAUUGCUUCCCCAACCAGUUGUUCAAGCUCGACCUUCAUCUUCUUCUUCAUCUCUUAGAUCAUUAUCCAUGGACAAUAGCACCGAGCACUCACCUUUUCUCUUCAACAUGCUUCAAACAAGUUCUUAUAUGCCGGAAAUAUAUCCUAUUGAAGAAGCAUCUUUGGAUCGACAAACACCAUCUUCUUCAGCAAUGAGAUCAGAAGACCCUCUUCAACAUGCCCUAUAUCAAAUUAGAACCAAUAAGUUGAUACCUUACAGAGAACAUGAAGAAUCUGUAAUGACACAAGCAAUUCUUGCAGCCAUUUCGUCUUCUUCUUCUCCAUCUUGUUCUUCCUCUUACCAUCUUCAAGCCCCUCGAGUUGCUACUGCAUUUAAGAGAUAUCGAUCAUGUUUAGGGUGUACAAAACAACGAGUUCAAAGUCGCCAGAAUCUUAAUAGAAGAUCGCUUUCAUUCUUUCGAAAUCUAAGUGAGGCUCGAGCCCAACAAAGUCAAAUGAUCCAAACAACCCGACCUACAAGCAAUCAACUUCAUCACAUGAUAGCAGAGCGUAAAAGAAGAGAGAAAAUCAAUGAAAGCCUCGAAGCUUUGAAAUCACUACUCCCUCCGGGGUCGAAGAAGGACAAAGCAUCAGUACUAUCAAAAACAAAAGAGUACAUAAAUUCUUUAAAAUCUCAAGUUAAUGAGCUUAACAGAAGAAACAAGAUUUUGGAGGCUGAGCAUUCUAGGAAAGAAGCACAUAAUCAAGAUUCCGGUAACAUCUCCGGCGAGAGACUAACAGUCAGAAUCACGGACAUUGGUGAAUCAACUUCGGAGUCACGAGUCAUAGAAUUGGAAUUGAAUGUCAGAGGGGACCUCAUUCUUGUGGAUUUGGUGGUUCGUGUGUUGGAAUUCAUCAAACAAGUAGAGAAUGUAAGUGUAAUGUCAGUAAAUGCUGGGACACAAAGGACGUUGGAGACAGAAGCUUUAACGAAUCGAGUUGUUUUGAGAUUGAGAAUUCAGAAGGCGAAUCAAGAGCGACUCCAGAAGCAGCAGCUGUCGAGGCGCUGCACAUCUGUGCCACCAUGA